CGGGCCUCUAGGGCCACGUUACUUUUCCCCGUUCCCUGCCCAGCCCAGUUCACCUCCCAAGCACGGGGCGGCUGGAAAACACCCAAGAAGCGGAAGAAGAAGGGGGAGGAAGCAGAAUCGAAAAGGCAAUGGAGGAAUCCAACUCGUACGAGGAGCAGCGCCGGAGGCAGAUUGAGGAGAACCGCCGGAAGCUGGACGAGCUCCGCCUGCAUCACCUCUCCGCCGCCGUCCGCGAGGCCGCCGCCAGGCCCAAGCCCAACCCCAACCCCAAGCCCAGGCCGAAGCGGAAGGCCCCGGGCCCCGGCGAGCUCAGGCGGUCCGGCCGCGUCGCCGGCCUCCCGGAGCAGCCCAAUUACCUCAAGGGCGCGCAGCAGCGCGACGACCAGGGAGUGUACGCCGCAUAUGACGCUCGUAUUUGGAAAGGGCCGACCGACGAGGAGAGGGCCGCCGCCGUCGCCAAGGCCGAGGAGCUCCAGCGCCGGAUCCACCGCAUUCGCCGGCCCGCCUUCGUCAAGACCAUGACCCACGUCUGCGCCAGCAGGGCAAAACAGAUGAUGAUCCCGAAGCACUUCAUUGAGCACCUCCCGGCGCACGAUGAGGCGGUCGUCUUGGUGGAUCAGGCGGAUGACGAGUUCCACAUGAUGUGCAAUGCCAGCAAAGAGGGCAGACACUGCUACCUCAGCAAGGGGUGGAGAGAGUUUGCCGUCCACCAUGACCUUGAAAAUGGCGAUUGCUUGGUUUUCCAGCUGAUAGACAGCGCAAAGUUCAAGGUCUACAUUUUCAGAGCAAACCCAGACUAUGAAAGCGACCAAACUUCCGAUGACUCUGAGGAUGAACAGUAAUGAAGAUGUGUGCUUCCCACACAAUGUUCGAUCGGAGUGCAGUUUGUUAGAGAAGCAAUUUCUUCGAUGAUGCUGGAGACUCGGCUAAUGCGGUUUUGUGCUGGUUGCAUGAAUGUAGAGUCGUCGUCGCACUCUCGGUCUCAGUGUAGCAGGAUUUUUAACCUAGAUGGGAGUAGUAGGUAACAGCGCGUGGUGCAGACCUUGCAUUGCUUGAACUACUGAAUGAUUGUAGACUGACGAUGGUCUCGAGUGCAUUUUUUUCGUGGCUGUUCCUGUUUGUUUCCGGCUACUAAGAUGAUUGGGUUCGAUGGUUGCAAGAUGGUGAUUCGAACACAAAGUUAUUUCUCUUAGAUCCGGUAUAAA